UAAGUUUUUCUUGCAACUCUGGAUGGGGAGGCUUGGAAUUACUUCAGAAAAUUCAUUUUUACUUUGAACUCCCUUUCUCUCCUGCUCUGGCAUUUCUGUAUCAAAAGGGUUGGACUUGCAGCAAUUACCACGAUCCUUGUCUUCACCCCAGCUUUGAAUCCAGUGGCCGAUUGAAUAGGCAAAUAAAACCGGCUUGUUCAGCGAGAUGAAACAAAGUAUCUGACUGAAUUUCUAAUUUCAUUAGAGGGAAGCUUGUGAGAAGGGGGAACAUCAAGAGAAGGAGAUGAAUCUGUUUGUGCUCAACCCCUACCAGGACUGAAUUUGCAAGGGGAGCAGCCCCCAGCCUUGCUGCCAGGCCCUGUACCUGCAAUGCAGUGCUGUGCAGUUGCAGCUAGGUGGUGGAGGCAAAUCCCUCUUCUCCCUCACUCUUGCACAAAGCUUUGCUGCUUUCCAGAAGAACCAGCCCCUCCGAUGUCCCCCUGCUUCCUCAGCACUCUGGCUUCUCAUUUUUAAUGGCUCUUUCGAAAACGAUUGGGCUGCCUUCAGGAAUUUCUUUUUCAAUGGGAGGCCGUGCUUCAUGCAGACCCGACAACCAGCACCGGGGCCCUGCUGCUCAUUCAGAGAAUGAUCUUCCAGAGCAGGAGGAAGAAAUCCUGGGAUCAGAUGAUGAUGAACAAGAGGAUCCAAAUGAUUACUGCAAAGGUGGUUAUCACCUGGUGAAGAUAGGAGAUCUCUUCAAUGGACGAUACCACGUCAUUCGGAAGCUGGGAUGGGGCCACUUCUCCACCGUGUGGCUGGCUUGGGACAUCCAAGGGAGGAGAUUUGUGGCAAUGAAGGUGGUGAAGAGUGCAGAGCACUACACAGAAACAGCACUGGAUGAAAUCAAGUUGUUAAAAUCGGUCCGCAACAGCGAUCCGAAUGAUCCAAGUAAAGAGAGAGUUGUUCAGUUAUUAGAUGACUUCAAGAUUUCAGGAGUUAAUGGUUCUCAUAUCUGUAUGGUGUUUGAAGUUCUAGGACAUCAUCUCCUGAAGUGGAUCAUCAAGUCAAAUUAUCAAGGGCUUCCACUUCCUUGUGUCAAAAAGAUCAUCAAACAGGUUCUUCAGGGUCUGGAUUAUUUGCACACCAAGUGUCGAAUCAUUCAUACAGAUAUUAAACCUGAGAACAUUCUCCUGUGUGUCAAUGACCAGUACAUCCGCAGACUGGCUGCAGAAGCAACAGAGUGGCAGAGAUCUGGGGCUCCCCCACCAUCUGGCUCUGCAGUGAGCACUGCACCACAGCCAAAACCAGCUGACAAAAUGUCCAAGAAUAAGAAAAAGAAGUUGAAAAAGAAGCAGAAACGUCAGGCUGAGCUGUUAGAGAAGAGAAUGCAAGAGAUAGAGGAGAUGGAGAAGGAAGCCAGCCCUGGGCAGACACAGCCUGAAGAGGAGGAAGAAGCUCAGAACCCGCUGGAAAUGCUCAUCAAAGUUAUUCCACCAGAGGAAAGUGUGAUGAAAAAGACAGCUGAAGCCGUCGUCCCAGAGCAAUCCAUCCUCAUGGAGAGCAGCGUGGAAAAAUGCGUCACGGAAAUAAAUCACAACGGGGUGAUACAAAUGACGGACUUCCCAGACUCCAGCAACCAAGGGUCUGUGAGACUCGAGGAUGAUCUCCACAAUGCCAAUGACUGUGGCCAUCACCCUCACACGCAGACGAAGGAGAACUUCCAUGGCUGUGGUUACAGCCAGCGCAACGGCGACUCGGAGAACGGGCCUCAGGAAGCCAUGUCGGACUCGUUCGUGCCCUUAGUUUCAGAAGAUUCCAUGGUGUGUCAGCCCGUGUCCAACGAGGAGCAGCCAUUCAGUGAGCAGGGGAUCAACCAUUUGCAGGAAAGCAUCCGGACGGAUACACCUUCAGAGGAUGAGAAUGAGAAUAACAGCCCGUCAGACAACAAAGGAAAAUCAGCUGCUGGGAAUUUCCUUCUUAAUCCUCUUGAGCCCAAGAAUGCAGAUAAGCUCAAAGUGAAGAUUGCUGACCUAGGGAAUGCCUGCUGGGUGCACAAGCACUUCACUGAAGACAUCCAGACCAGGCAGUACCGAUCCCUGGAGGUGUUGAUAGGCUCAGGGUACAACACCCCUGCUGACAUCUGGAGCACAGCCUGUAUGGCCUUUGAGUUAGCAACAGGAGACUAUCUGUUUGAGCCUCAUUCUGGAGAGGAUUACUCACGAGAUGAAGAUCACAUUGCAUUGAUCAUAGAACUUCUGGGGAAAAUCCCUCGCAAGCUCAUUUUGGCAGGAAAAUAUUCCAAGGAGUUUUUCACCAAAAAAGGUGAUCUGAAGCACAUCACCAAACUGAAGCCCUGGGGCCUUUUUGAAGUCUUGGUGGAAAAAUACGAGUGGUCCCAAGAUGAGGCAGCUGCAUUCACAGACUUCUUGUUACCAAUGUUGGAGCUGAUCCCAGAGAAACGAGCCACAGCAGCAGAGUGUCUCAGGCACCCCUGGCUUAACUCCUAGAGCCUUCAACCCAAGGCCACAGCACGACCCUCUGGUUUACAGCUACAUGCUGCCCCUUCCCAGACCCAUUAUUUUUCCCCCCACCCCCACCUUCUUCAUUUCCAAUGUGAAGUUCUUCCUUCAAGGCUUCCAAGAUUUUAGAUAAAUCUAACCUGUUCUGCUGAGUUUGCUUGUGUGACUUGAUGGGGCCUCUCCUCAGCCAGUGGGUGUCAUCUGUGUUCUUGCCUUGAUUUGGGCUUCACCAAAGACUGACUAGAAAAUGAAGCUUAUUUUCUGAGUCUCCUCACUGUUAAUCACCGUGUGCUACAGAUAUCAGCUCAGCUGGGCUCAGAUAAUGCUCCCUUAGCUAAAUUUCAGCUCUCUUUUCUUCAUGAGGGGGGUGUGAAGAUCCAAAUGCCUCCUUAUCUCACUGACUCAGGAGUCAGAUUCCCACUGUUCUUCCAAUGGGCUGAGAAGUAACGUGGCACCAAGGUGGUGUUAGUUCCUUGUAGAGCAAAGCCUUCCAGAUCCUCCAUCCUUUUCUAGGUGUCUACUGUAUUCUUUGCUUUCCAGUCACAUAACUUUAGUUCUAGCUGCUUAAAUCCUUUCAGAAAAAGCUAUUUAAAGCUAGGUUUUAGUCUCCUUGAUUUCUUCCUCCAAAGUGCCCUUUCCCUUUUUCCUCCCUCUGCCCAGGUAGAAUAGUUUCUGACCUCGGGGACGUUUUCUACUCCGAUGCCUGUGACUUAAAAGGUGACAAAAUAAGCAAAAGCUGGCACAGACUCAAGGCCCACCCUUCAGCACACAGAUGGGUGCACCCUCAGGCUGCAGCCUUGUUGAAGGCAACUCUAUGUCCUUCCUAGUGAGCUGUGUAAGGUGGGUUUUUAGCUUCUCAUCCCUUACCAGCCCUUUUUUUUUUUGGCCUUGCCAGAGGCAGUUGCUGUAUCCAGCAGAGAUUUGCUUUCAUGGAUGCAGCCCACCCUGCCUCUUCAUUUUUUGACCACUUUUUUCCCAAGAAAAGGGUGGCAGCCUCUGUGUCACAGCCAUGCUAUGGCCCUUCACUUUCAGAAUCAACACUUGAAGGCCCAGUGGAAAGCUUGUUUUUUUCUUCCCUUUACCUUGCUUCAGGUGCUGACUUUCAGAAGUAACUUCCCAGGAUGGGGCUGCCUUUUCUUUUCUGGGCUAUUAGCACAAGGAGAGCUAGAAAAGUGGGAGAGAACUGACUUUUCCACAUAGAUACUGGAUUAGAAGCAGUUUCUAGAGUUACCCCAAGUAAAAAUGUUCUGUGAGGUUUCUAUAUAAAUGUCUUGGAGGGAGUUGGAUAGAAGGAAUAAAUGGGUUGGUUAAUUUUAAUUAAAAAUUAAAUCACUGUGGAGUUGGGUAGUUUUAUGAUGGCUUCUUCUAGACUUGCCUGGUACAGAUUCAGUGUAUCCUACUCUGCUCUACAGCAAGAUUUUGGCAGCAUUGAGACUUCAGAGGCACUUCCUUACCCUGGACCAAAACAGGCCUUUGGAUUCAUGGUGGCUCUCAGAGGAUAGAACUUGCUGGAGGCCACAGAGAUGCUAAUUAUUUUGCUAAAGCUGCCAAGACCACAGUUGUGUGUCACUUCUGUAUGUGUGUUUGGAAAUCCUGGUCCAUAAGGAUCCUUCAUUCAGAAACCUUGGUGUCAUUUAAUCCACUUGACUAAGAGUUUCUCCAGCCCAGUGCCUGGUUGGGCUGAUGAAUGCAAGUCAUGCUGCAUGUUGUGUAGGGGUAGAUCAGGUUCUCUAUGCAUAUAGUCUGAAAUGAGAGGAAGGUAACAUACCAAAAAGAGUUUAAAACUGCUGAUUUGACUUUUUCCCUCCCCCUUUCACAUGGAGUUUUCCAGUGACCUGUCACUUUCAUAUCUGUUCCAGGACAUCAGGUAGGGUUCCAAAAUACCUGCUGUCAACAUACUGUGAAGAUAACACCUGCAGGGCAAACAUUUCUCUUGUCUUGAGAGCUCCCCUGGUCCUGUGCACUUGAGACUGGCUGAUGAAAGAACUUAAGGGGUCUGUGCACUUCUGACAGCUCCUCCCCAUCCUUCCCUCUGCCACCCUUGCCUGGAGGAGGUUUAUUUUGCCCUGCCAGCCAAGGCUGGAGCAGCUUGUGAGUUGAAGGUCCCCAGAAGGAGCUGUCAGGAUUCAGUCUUGUCCCGUCUGCUCGUUCACUUGGGGUUUGUUAAAUUUCCACAUUGCUGUAAAGUGCUCACACUAAAGGAUUUGUACUUGCUGUGUCAGUCUGAAACCUGAAGGAAAAUACAUUUUUAUUCUUUCUA